AACGCCUCUUCCCUACUACACACUCCGUGAGUCGCUAAUGCACCGAUAUUUUCUCUGUUAACUGUCAAUUCCUCCCUCUUUGUUUGUUUUUAUUUUCGUGGAAAACAAACACUUAGAUGCGUAGCGACGCCAAGAAUAUAAAGAAUGUUGAUUACGUGUUUUUCCUCCUUUCAUUGAUUUUCGUAUCCGGUGGCAGUUCUUUUCUUUGCUUCUAAUCUACGUUUGCAAGAGAUUGCAGUGGCGGAUCGCCUACCGGAUCUUUAUCGGGAUCGGCGAUUUUCUUGAAAACUGUCGGUUUUUUGUUCUCGCAUGGCCUCGAUUUCGUGCCGGUGAUGAAUAGUUAGAUCCUGCACUGGGGACAUGGGAUUUGGUUCGGAACUCAAAAAGAGUUCAAAGCUGGAAAAUUCGAAGAUUGUGAAGGAGAGGACCGUUUUGCCAGGAGAAAAUGAGAUGCUGAAACAUCAAGACAAGAUAAAAAGGAAAAAUCGUGUUAAUACAGGGGACAGUGAUCAGCCUUCUAAACUUAAACAGAAUGCAGAUAAUAGGAGGAUAUUGGACAAAACAAAAUUGUCGAGGAAUGAACGGCCUUAUUGUGUCAGGGAAGGGGGGACAAAUGAUGAACUUGUCAAGUACAUGUCCAAGUUGCCAGGCUAUCUCCAGCACAUGGAGACAGGAGGAAACGUUCAAGAGAAGGCUUUGAAUGUUGGGGUUUUGGACUGGGGACGCUUAGAAAAAUGGAAGCCUAAUCAGAAACAUAACCCUGCUACUGAAAGAAGUGUUGGAUCAUCCAUUAGCAAUGAUUUGGUAUCAAAAAAUACAAUCAGGUCAUCUGCCUUCCCUGCUGCAGUUGAGAGUGAAACACUUGCUCAUCAAAGUAAGCAACGCCAUUUGCCUCGUUCUAGUAAUUAUCCGCCUCAAAAGGAUGACCUUUCUCGAUACUUCAUACCCUCUACGCAGAAGUCAAAACACUGUCAAGAUUUUGGAACUGCUUUCCAGGGCACCUUGGAUGGACAGGAAAAGAUACUCGGGAGCUAUAAGUCUCGAGACGUGGGUCUUGAAAAGGGAAAGAGGGAAAAUAGGAAUCGAAAAGCCGUUUCAAGAAAGGGCAGCUCUACAUCAAACUCGGGGGAUAACGGGUUCUUGAUCAGGCCCUCCAUGGUAGAAGUGGGUGCUUGUGAUGGUGAAUCCAGGAAAAGCGCUAGGGGGAUGGCUGAAAUAGAUAUAACGGAAAAAGUUGCAGAUCAUAUAAUCACUUCCAAUAGGGGAUCCUCAUUGCGCAAGUUACGCCAUGGCUUUUCUCACCAUUCAAGGGAAACGUUGAAUACUGAGAAUGACAUUGAUGGGAAGAUAGCAGUGGAUUUGCCAGAAUCAGGUACUGAUCUUGCUCAUCAGCCUCUGCCUGGUGAGAAUGGGAACAUUGUUCUCCUUUUACCCAAAAAAUGCUCCCAAAAUAGUAUUCCAGAGGAAUACAGAGCAUCAUUCAAUAGGAAUUUGACAGGGAAUCGGAAUAGCUUGUCAGGUGACUUAUCUCCAAAGGAGGUUCAUGCUGUAGAGCUCUCUUCUGAAAUUCCUUACUCAUGUCCACUGCCUUCUAGAGCUGAGGAUGAUCCAUCCCAGACACCACCUUGCUCGCUUAAGGUGUCAAAUAGACCAUCAAAAGGUAAAUCUGCAGAACAGGAGAGCAGUAAGCUCGCAAAUGGAAAUACCGUUGAAUCUUUGGACACUGAUCAAGAAAUGGCUGAAGUGGCCCAUGGAAAAGGUAGAACUCCAUCACCAAAUCGGCGGUUUAAUUUCAGCUUAGGUCGGAUGGCCAGAAGUUUCAGUUUUAAGGAGGGUUCAUCAGUGCUGCAUCUGAACUCCCCAUACGUAUCUGUCAAGUCUGGUCCAGUGACAUCUGGGGGUUCUGCAUGUUUGGAUAAUUCUAAAACAGGGAUCAUCCCUCGUCACAGCAGAACUAAGUCCAGCCCUUUGAGAAGGAUACUGGAUCCACUUCUAAAACCUAGGGGCCUAAAGGCCAUCCACUCUACUGAGCCAGAUGAACCAUUCAGAGAAAGUGUGGAUUCUGUCAGCUCUUGUUCACUUAGUGCCAAUUACUCAGUUCACAGUGAAAACGACAAGGCAUCGACAACACAAGCAUUUGUACAGCUUUCAACAAAGAAUGGGCUCCCCAUGUUUAGAUUUGUGGCCAACAACAGUAACAUUCUUGCCAUCGCAUUGAGGAAUUCAGCCCCAUCAGAGAAGGAUGGCGCUGGCUUGAAUUUUACAUUUUACUCCGUCAGUGAAAUUAAGAAGAAAGGUGGCAGGUGGAUGAGUCAAGGUGGUAAGGGAAGAACUCCUGGCUAUGCCUAUAAUGUGGUCGGUCAGAUGAAAGAUCACAGCUCUUCUAUGAAUUUAAAUGGACAGAGUUCUGGCAGACAAUAUAUGGCUAGAGAGUUCAUUCUCUUCGGUGUUGAGCUAAAACAGACUGACCAAACAUCACCGACGUUUGCGGCCAACAGAGAGCUUGCAGCUGUUGUUGUCAAAAUGCCAAUUGAAAGGUUAGACCUUAAUCCAGAGGAGGGAAACAGAGAGAAAUUCCUAGUGGAGAAGGGGUGCUCUGAGGAUUUGCCCGAAAAUGGAUGCUUGUGUUACCAGGAUGAAAAUAAUGUUACAGUCAUACUUCCAAGUGGUGUACAUGGAUUGCCAGAUAAAGGAUUUCCUUCACCAUUGAUUAACCGUUGGAGAUCUGGCGGUUUAUGUGACUGCGGAGGUUGGGACAUUGGUUGCAGACUACAUAUUCUUUCGAACCAGAAACACUGUAAUGCACUGGUGACAUCUGAAGCUUGCUCAGUGUCAAACCGUUUUCAGCUUUUUAUAGAGGGAGGAUCUCAACAGAACAGUCCCGUCUUCAGCUUGACGACAGUGGACAAGGGAAUAUACUCAGUCGAAUUUAGUUCGCUGAUUUCCUUGCUACAAGCAUGCUUCUUUUCUGCCUCUAUUAUAUGCUGCCAGAAAUCAUUUGACCAACAAGAGGUGAGUACCAAAUCUUACGAAAAAGUUCUACAGGAACAAUCUGUGAGUACAAGCAAUGACACAAAGAAUUCCCCUGCCACUCUCUUCAGGAAAGAACAUUUCAAAUACACACCAAACCCACCUCUCUCACCUGUUGGGAGGGUUUAGGUUAAUGUGAUGGAGCUUUUAAAGCACUCUUCACAUAGCCUUGGAGGUAGUAAAUAAACUCCUCGAAGGGGAUCUUUGUGUUAAUAAUCAGCCAUUUGUUUGUUGACAGUGGCGCAAAGUUGGAGGAAGUCUUUGUUUUCUUUUCUUUUUCCAUAGAGUCUCAAUUGGCAGAAGUAAUGUUUUGCUGUCGUAAUUGUGCAUACUGUGUUACCAUUGGAACACCACCAUUGUAUAAAAGAAAAAUGGCAUUCAAUGUGCUAUGCUAUGUACUUCGAUCUUG